UGUGAUUAGUCCGGAUCCACUUGACUCUACAUGGAUUCACAGUAUUUGGAUUUCCAGCCAACUGACUGCUGCCGAGUGUCGGUGGGGGUUCGGCUGAACCGGUUUUCUUCUUAAAUCCCGGGGACUCUCUCCGUAGAGGAUUCAGCCAUGUCUCCAUCAGUCCCCCUGCAGGAGAUGAUACGCGCUAUCAGGUCAGCCCGGACGCAGUGCGAGGAGCGGGGUGUCAUCCAGAGAGAGUGUGCAGCCAUCCGGGCUCAGUUCAGACAAUCAGACAACGGGGGACGAUCGCACAACCUGGCCAAGCUUCUCUACGUGCACAUGCUGGGCUACCCAGCUCACUUCGGUCAGAUGGAGUGUGUUCGGAUGAUAGCCAGCCCUCGCUACAGUGAGAAGCGAGUGGGGUAUCUGGGAGCCAUGAUGCUGCUGGAUGAGAAGCAGGACGCCAGUUUGCUCAUCACUAACUCCAUCAAAAAUGACCUCGCUCACAGUAACCAGUAUGUGCAGUCUCUGGCUCUGUGCACUCUGGCCUGUAUGGGUUCAGCCGAGAUGUGCAGAGAUCUGGCGCCAGAGAUCGACCGGCUGCUCCGGGCCUCCAACUCCUACAUAAAGAAGAAGGCUGCUCUGUGUGCUGUCCACAUUGUGAGAAAAGUGCACGAACUCGGAGAGCUUUUCGCCCCCGCUGCUCGAGCCCUCCUCUCCGAGAAAAACCACGGUGUGUUACAUGGUGCUGUGGUGCUCAUCACUGAGCUGUGUGAGAGGAAUCCAGAGACCCUGGAGCGCUUCAGGAAGACAGUCCCAGAUCUGGUUCAGAUCAUGAAGGGUUUGGUCAUAUCGGGUUACUCUCCGGAGCAUGAUGUGGCAGGAAUCAGUGAUCCCUUCCUACAGGUCCGCAUCUUAAGGUUGCUGAGGAUUCUGGGUCGCAACAACGAAGCAGCCAGCGACGCAAUGAAUGACUUACUAGCUCAGGUGGCGACCAACACUGACAGCACAAAGACUGUUGGAAACGCUGUGCUGUAUGAGACAGUCCUCACUGUGCUGGAUAUCAAAUCAGAAAGCGGCCUCAGGGUUCUUGCUGUGAACAUCCUGGGAAGAUUUCUCCUGAACAACGACAGAAACAUUCGCUACAUUGCCAUGAUCUCCCUUCAGAAGAUUGUGGGGACGGACCACAAUGCAGUGCAGCGUCACAGGGGGACCAUCGUGGACUGCCUGAAGGACCAGGACGCUUCUGUCAAACGCCGUGCGUUGGAUCUGUCCUUGGCGUUGGUGUCAGCCUCCAACAUCCGCUCCAUGAUGAAGGAGCUUCUUCUCUUCCUUUCCUCCUGCCCCCUUGAGCUCAGGUCUCAAGCUGCCAGCGGCAUCUUCAAUGCUGCAGAGAGGUAUGCACCCUCCCAGCGCUGGCACAUUGACACCAUCUUGCAUGUCCUCACCACGGCAGGGGGCGACGUGAGGGAUGAGACAGUCCCCAACUUGAUCCAGCUCAUCACUAACGCCUCCGAGCUGCACUGUUACACUGUCCACAAGCUGUACAGGGCUCUGAUCACCGACAUCACUCAGCAAUCCCUGGUGCAGGUGGCGUGUUGGUGUAUAGGAGAGUACGGAGACCUGCUGCUGAGAGGGGAGUGUCAGGAGACGGAGCCUGUGCAGGUCACCGAGGACGACGUCCUGGACGCCUUGGAAACAGUCCUGCAGUCCCACAUGUCGUCUCCAGCAACAAGAGGCUUUGCGUUAACAGCCACCAUGAAACUGAGCACACGCAUCACUGAUAAUGUGGAUCGGAUCAGAAGCAUCGUCAGCAUCUACGGCAGCUGCAUUGAUGUGGAGCUCCAGCAGAGGGCAGUUGAAUACAAUGCUCUGUUCAAAAAAUACGACCACAUGAGGGCGGCAGUGCUGGAGAGGAUGCCUGUGAUUGAAAAGAACUCUCCGGGUCAUACCAACGGAGAGUCGAUGGGAGAGACUGUCAAAGAAAUCCAGCCUGCCAAAAUCAAGCAGGCGGAGUCGCUGCUGCCGCCACAACCUCCGAACCAGGUGUGUGAUCUGUUGGACCUGCUGGGAGGCUCUGAGGAGACUCUGCAGCCCAGCCUGGCAUUGAGCGGUUCAGCACCCGGCUUGCCCAUCAACACGGGCAGCACUGCUGGAGGAGACCUGCUGGAUCUGCUGGGAGGGUUAGAGCCCACACCCGUCACACCAGCUCCCGCGGUGUCGGUGUACGAGAAAGAAGGCGUGACUUUGACACUAAGCUGUGAGAAACAGUCAGACACCGGCCUCACAGUCACAUUGACAGCCUCCAACUCCAAUGACUCAGACAUCAGCAGCUUCACCCUGCAGGCUGCCGUGCCCAAGAGUGUCCAGUUACACAUGAAGGCUCCCAGUGGAGACUCUCUUCCUGCACACGGUACAGCUAAGGUGACACAGACGGUCAUCCUCAACAACCCCAACAAGGUGAACCUGAAGAUGAGGGUCCGCGUAUCCUACACCAGACAAGGCUCCGCCUUUCAGGACAUGGUUCAGAUCGACACUUUCCCCGGACUCUGACUGGAGCCGCACAGUCUAUCGUGACUGUGAUAGCGGUCUGUGGAUGAGUCAGCAGCAGGCAUCGUACUCAUCCUUCACUGAGCAAAGGUUUUAGUUCUGUUUAAGCGCUGGAGGUCACUCUUCUUUCACAGGAAAUCAUCACAGCCUCGUACGUGAACUCGCGUAGUUUCCUCCCUCUCUCUCUCUCUCUGGAGGCCAGGUGUAAACAGGGACUGACGGCGUUGCUGGACACAUGGCGCAGGCUUGAGAAAAUGCUACUACAAGAAAGAAAUGCUAAAUAUAUGUCUGGGGUUUUUGCCAGGAGAAAGUUUUAACCAUGCAGGUUUUUAACAGUUGAUUUUUUAAGAGUUUCACUUCAUAAAUAUUUACUUCUGGGGCUCCUGUCACUCAGAUUUAGUCACCAGAUCAAAAAUAAUGACGCUUACUCCCUUUGAAUGAUUUCUUUGACAUCUGCCUUUAUCACCUUCACUUAGUUGAACAGUACCUCAGUGCUCACUAAUGACCCACCACUACUACUCAGAAAAGAAGCUCCAAUCCAGCACACUAGAUUUGACUUGAAGAGGCGAGGACUUUGGACGUGUGAGAUUUAAAGAUGUAGGAUUUUAAAACAACCUUGUGUGUUGUAUUCACUGUCUUCAGUUGUUCCUGUUUUUUUAAGCCUUGAUCAGUUGAAACACCUCCUAAGUGAUUCCCCUGUGCCUUUCAUCCUCUUAUGAACUGCGGGUUUACUCAUGUACAAAAAAAAGCAAUUACGUUUAGUUUUGGAAGCAAAGAAAUGGUUUUAAAUGUAAAGUGGUGUUAUCGUAUGAACGUGUUUUUAUCACUCCCAGUUUCUCCUCGCAUACUGUUUACAGAAAGACUUGAAAGAUGGACAAUGUGCCGUCUGAGAGAUGUAAAUUUUACCUUUCAAGAAGAGAAAUAAGCACAAUCAGAGAGUUUGGAGGACGUAAAAAAAAUCACCCCUUUGUAUUUGGACGAUGUUAAACACACGAAUCAGCUUUAAUGAGAACUCAUCUCAUCAUAUGGAGCUAUGUUAUCAAGCACUGGAUCAUGAAUAAGUCAGUUAUGGUGCUCCACAUGAACUUCAGUGCAAUCUCUACCAGACUUAACUACAUAAACUCUAAAGAAAGGAGCAGGAGGAGUAUUCUGUCAGGUGUGUAAACUGUCUUUAAAUCUUCAGUUUCAUGUCAUUUUCUAAUAAAAAUCAGUUUUCAGAA